UAUCAAGUCUGACGCAGAGCUGGCCAUAUUUCUCCACAACAGAUGAUAACGUGUUGACUCGUGAUGAGCAGAUCAUCCUGGGUGUGCUGUUGUCCUUCUUCCUGGCCUUGUUCCUCAUCCUCCUCAUCUAUGCCUCAGUGCGGUGAAUCUAAAAGCACAUCCUCAAGGCUUUUGUUUGUACACAAAUAAUGUCAUCCAAGAUGUGUAUUAUAACAUGGAAAAGCAUCCACCAAAGGAAGUUGGAGGGCGGGACUUACUCCCCUCGGGAGGCAGAGAUUGUCGACACCAAGUUCAAGCUGGACCAGCUCAUCGCUGUGGCUGACCUGGAACUCAAGGAGGAAAAGAUAAACCGGUAUUCGUCCUUCUUCCGACGGAAGGAGAUAUUUGUCAUCCAGCUUCUCAGUUAUAGAAAGUCUCUCAAGCCGGUCACCAAGAAGGGCUUCCUUCAGCACGUGGAAGACUUGUGUGCCAACGACAAUGCCAAGUUCCAGGAGGAGUUCUCAGAGCUUCCCAAGCUGUUACCAGACUUGGCAACAUCAGAUGCCAAUCUGCCCUGGAACCGUUGAACCGCUUCACCAAUGUCAAGC